GAGUUUUACGUCAACGAUCUAAUGUUUCCAAGCAAAACUCCACGAAGUUUACAAAGCGUAACAUUUUUAUAACAAGAGUUAAAUAUUGCUAAUUAAAAAAAUAGAUAGUUUGAAAAAGUGAGGAAAUGGCAGUGGUGAUAGAAACCACAAUAGGAGAUUUUACGGUCGACCUGUACAUCGAAGAACGUCCUCAAACUACAAGAAAUUUUCUGAAAUUAUGCAAGCUCAAGUAUUACAACUGGAACCUCUUUCACACGGUGCAGACCAACUUUAUCGCUCAAACGGGAGAUCCCAACGGCACCGGAAAAGGUGGCGAGAGUGUGUACGGAAUUGUGUUGGGCGAAAAGGCUCGUUAUUACGAGGCCGAACAAAUGCCAAAGAUAAAACACAGCAGAAUAGGUCUACUGUCCAUGGUGAAUUGCGGAAACAACAUGUUGGGAUCUCAGUUCUUCAUCACACUGGGUUCGGAGCUCCAAUCGUUGGACAACAAACAUUGUGUGUUUGGAGAAAUCACUGAGGGAUUAGAUGUUGUUUUAAAAUUUAAUGAAACAAUCUGUGAUAACAAUUACAGACCUUAUCAGGAUAUAUGGAUAUCUCACACGGUCAUUUUGGAAGAUCCGUUUGACGAUCCUGUAGGAUUUGUAGUUCCUAGCGCAAGUCCGGAACCUACAAAAGAAGUUUUAAUGAGCGAUAGAAUCGGAGCAGACGAGGCGCUCGAUGACACCGUGGGGAUGACCACGGAAGAGAUCAUUGAAUUGCAGAAAAACAAGGAAGCGAAAGCCAGAGCCACAAUAUUGGAGAUCGUAGGUGACAUACCAGACGCGGACAUUGCUCCUCCGGAAAAUGUGUUGUUUGUGUGCAAAUUGAAUCCGGUCACGAACGACGAAGAUCUGGAAAUAAUUUUCAGUCGUUUCGGAAAAAUUGUUGGUUGCGAGGUAAUAAGGGAUCAUCAAACGGGAGAUUCGUUGCAGUACGCGUUCAUUGAAUUCGCCAAUCGCAAGAGCUGCGAGGAAGCGUACUUCAAGAUGGACAAUGUUCUGAUUGACGAUCGAAGAAUACACGUGGACUUCUCCCAAUCGGUCGCGAAGAUGCGUUGGAGAGGUAAGGGUAAGGGUAUCCGAUACUUCGACGAGGACGACAAGAAGAAACAGAAUCACGACGAGAGCGAAGAAAAUGCGGAAAGAAAGGAGAGCAGAAAAGAUCGUUCUUUCGAGCACAAGAGGCACAAGAGCGGGAAAGAGGAGAGAGAUAGCAGGGACAGGAGAAAGGAAGGCAGAUUGCACGACGAUCAUUACGAGAGGAACAGAUACGACAGCGAACGCAGAGACAAAAGAAAGAGAGACGAUCGACGGGACGGCAGUCAGAGGAGGAAUCAGAGCGAGGAGAGAUCGGAUAGGAGAAGCAAGAGAGAUGAGAGAAGAGAUCGCGGCGACAAAAGGUCGGAAAGGAAAAGAGACGAGUAUCGUGACGGCAAGAAGAGAAGGACAGAAAACGAGGACGAAGCGAGGCACAAGGACAGAUCGCACAAGCACAAAAAGAAACGCUGAUUAAUGUCGAAAAAAAAAAAAAAAGUAAAUGCUGAAGAGAAAAGUAUUUUAUUACUCUAUAAAUAGUGUACA